AUGUAUCUGUACCAUGGUCAUAGUGUGGCCAUAAUGCAAUACGUGAGCGAUUUGGGUGCCAUUUCACCCGAAGCCAAUAUAUUCACACUAUGUAUGGCUAUUGAAGGGGUGUUUGUGUUUGCAUUUGCUAUCAUAAGAUACUCGAUCAUCAAAUCAUACAUACAGUCAAACAAUAAUCUCAACAACAAUACUGAUCCAAAAUGCGAUACAAAUAAAGUGAAACAAUUAAAUAAAUGGUCGACAAUAAUCACCAUGAUUUCUGGCCUGGGCAUUAUAGUAACCGGCAGUUUUCGCACAUCAGAGGGCUUAAUAAUAUUUGCAAUGCAUGGUAUGGGCGCUACGCCUAUAUUUUUAUUAACAAUGCUCGAUAUGGGCCUACAAAGUAAGGUGGCGUUUGCUCAGUCACGGGAAAGUUGCGGGAGAUUCCGGCGAUAUCUGGCAAUAGUAGACGCGUGUAAUUUCGGCAAUAGAGAUGGAUGGGGUUUAUCAGUGUACAAUGGCCACAGUGUAGCCUUAAUGCAAUACGUCAGCGAUCUAGGUGCCAUUUCACCCGAAGCAAACAUAUUUACUCUGUGUAUGGCUAUCCAAGGAGUUAACCCGAAUUGCGAUAUAAGCAAACUUGGACAAUUAAAUAAAUGGUCACUAAUAACCAGCAUGAUGGUCGGCGUGGCAACAUUAUUAACAAGUAGUUUUCGUACAUCCGAGGCACUAAUCGUGGUGAUAAUCCACAAUAUAAGUGCGUUUAAUCUAUUUUCAUUAACAAUACUCGAUAUGGGACUUCAAAGCGGGAUAGCAUUUAUGCAGUCACGUAAUAGUUUGGGGCGAUUCCGGCGAUCACUGGCAAUCGUGAGCACCUUGGUACUUCUCGUUGUUAUGAUAUCGGGACUAUGGUCGUUUUUGGCAUAUGCUAAUUUGGGCGAGAUAAUUAAAAUUGAGACCAGAAUGAAUUGGACAAGAGCUAUGCCUGGUUAUAUUCAGCACGUUGUGUCGGCAUACGCUGAACUGAUAUUAGUUCUGCUCAUUUGUCCCUAUAUUUUGUCAUUUGUGGCAGAAUUUAAAGAAUAUUCCUUAUCAUUCAAUAUGGGCACAAAAGUGAUCUCAAUUGUUUGA